AUGUAUGAUAAGACUAAUUUACCUCCUGGCAUUUUCACCUGCCGCUCACUUGAGGAGCUAAAUUUGCAGUGGGGUGGAGCUCCUUUUCGAGAUUAUGAGCAUAAGGGACUUGUGCUGCCUGACAUAAUCAAGCUUCCUUCUCUUAAAAAACUGACUCUACGCGAUGUGGAAGUGCAUGAGCUUCCUCUGGAGAGUUUCAUUGCCCGGAGCCCUGGCCUAGAAGACUUGCAUCUGAUAGACUCUGCAGUGUGUCUUGAGCACAUAAAAUCAAAAGCGCUAAAAAGGCUAACCAUUGAUGGUUCCAUGUAUGGACCAGAUAGAAUGACAAUUUCUGCUCCUAAUCUCAUUAGCUUUGAGUGCACCGGUUUUUCACUGGAAGAUAUUUCUUGGAGAGACCAGCCAUCGCUAGAGAGCGCACGCAUAAAUACUUGUGGGCGUACAUUUGGUGGUGAAUCUAGGUUUACAGGAGUUCUUGUGCAUGCCAAAAAACUUGCACUAUUUGGUUGUGACAUGAAGGUUAUUUUGGAAAAUGAGCUGCCUACAUGUUCAGUGUUUGAGAACCUUGUAACUCUUGAAAUUGGCAAAUGGCACUUGACCAAGGACUUCUAUGUUUUGCUUCGCUUCCUCCAGCUUUCACCAAGACUAGAAGAGCUCGCUCUGAUGCAUAGACAGCUUGACGAAGCAGCAGAAACAGAAGGCAUGCCUACUGAUGGAAUGACCUUCCAGUGUCCAUUCCUUAAAAGUGUCAUCAUACAGUAUUCAGAGGGUGAUGAUGGAAUUGACAAGCUGGUGGAUGUCCUGGUAGCGAAUGGUGUCAGUUCGGACAAGAUAAGUGUAACUUCCUACGAAGAUAUCAAAAAGAGGGCCUUCGCUGAGAAUGCACGCGCCGAAGAGGAACGCCCGAAGCAGAAGAGGGCGAAGAAAAAUCCAGACUGGGAAGAUGAUGACUCCGACGAACAGAGUAACCCUGAUGAUAGCAGUGACGAGUAUGAUCCUGAUGACUUUUGA